CUGAAUUCCGGCCUUUGAACGGAGGACUGCAAUCUGUUGAGAUCAUGAUGUCCUUUCAGGUUGACGGUUUAACGGUAGUUCUCGCGUCGGCAGUUGUCCUUGUCGGCGCGCUUCUGGCCAGCAGGAAAGGGCCCGACUUCCACCCUGCAACUUUCCGAGAGCAAUCUCACCGAAGUAAAACUCGAAACAAGGGUGAAAGUGCCAUUUUACGGAACCCAAUCACCCCUCAUGGAAGCCCUCUUCUGGCUUCGUUUUCCACGAAAGUCAACACUGCGUAUGACAUGUUUUGGACUGCAGUGACUGAACAUGGUUCCCGAAAUUAUAUGGCUCAACGGGUUGCUGGGUCGUGGGUCUGGGAGACGUUCGCAGGAGUCGGGUCAAGAGCCAAGAACGUAGGUGCGGGCUUGAUUCGUGUGACCGGGGUGGCACCUCUUGCAGGAUCCGGGGAUGGUGUUCCUACCUCUUCCCAGAUGGUUGGCAUCUUUCUGCCCAACUCGCCUGAAUGGAUCAUUACCGACCAUGCAUGUACUGCAUACAAUCUUGUUACGGUCCCAUUGUAUGAUACCUUUGAUCUUGCGUCCCUCGAGCAUAUCAUCAAUCAAACUGGGAUGACGGUCAUUGUAUUGUCUGCAAAACACCUGAACAAAAUAUUCGAUAUUUCCGGAAAGUGUCAUGCUCUGAAGUAUGUUGUCGUCGUUGACUUGCAGAACGUGCCUGCAGAUGUACAACAGCGUGCUGACGCUGUGAAAGUUAAUGUCACGACACUUCAGGCUGUGGAGCAGUCCGGUAAAGCGAAUCCGCGAGAGCCCGUCCCGCCAAAGCCUGCAGAUGUUUUCACGAUUUGCUACACAUCCGGAACAACUGGGCUCCCCAAAGGUGCGAUGAUCACCCAUAGGAAUGUAGUGGCAGCUGGCGCUGGCAUGUGUGCUACGCUACCGAACGCAUACAAACUAAACAAGAGUGACCGACAUCUCUCAUAUCUACCCUUGAGUCACAUGUUCGAACGUAUUGUUUUUCAUACCUUGACGCAUCUCGGUUGCGAGAUCGGAUUCUUCUCGGGCGACAUCACCAAACUAUUCGAUGAUAUCCAAACAUUCCAGCCGACCCUGUUUCCCACCGUUCCUAGGCUUUUGGGCCGUCUAUAUGACAAAGUCAGUGGUACCAUUGAACAGUCGGGAUUGGUCAAGAAGUCCGUAUUUAAUUUGGCAUAUGGAGCAAAACGACGUCUGCUACAAAGCGGCAGAGUGACGAAGGACUCGAUUUGGGAUCGCCUUGUUUUCGGCAAAAUCCAAGCUCGCAUUGGCGGACGGGUGCGAACAAUGUUGACAGGUGCUGCCCCAAUUUCUCCCGAUGUUAUCGAAUUUGUGAGGAUUGUGAUGGGUUGUCAAGUUUUGGAAGGAUAUGGCCAAACUGAAUCGACCGCGGCGGGAUGCGUCACGCGCGUUGGAGACUAUCAGUUCCCGUUCGGAUCCCAUGUUGGUGUUCCCUUCCCGUCCGUGGAAGUUAAACUCGUCGAUGUACCGUCUAUGGAAUACUACGCCACAGACAAGCCGAAUCCAAGAGGAGAGAUCUGCUUCCGAGGUCCGCUAGUUAUGAAGGGAUACUUCAAGGAACCAAAGCUGACAGCAGAAGCAAUCGACUCUGAUGGCUGGCUCCAUACGGGCGACGUCGGAACGAUCUUGCCGAAUGGAACAUUGAAAAUCAUCGAUAGAGUCAAGAACAUCUUCAAACUAUCUCAAGGGGAAUAUGUUGCACCCGAGAAAAUCGAGCAGAAAAUCAAGACAACGUACAUGGCCCAGCUGUACGUUUACGGCGACUCGCUUCAAUCAACGCUUGUUGUUAUCGUGAUCCCUGAUCCGGAAGCUUUCCUUCCUUGGGCAAAAACGCAAGGUUUCGACGGAACCCUUGAAGACGCAUGCAACGAUGAGCGGAUCCGUAAGGCUGUAUUGACCGAUAUAACGACAAUUGGCAAGAAGAGCGGUUUGCACACAUUCGAAAUUCCGAAAGCCCUCUACCUGACACCGGAAGCAAUGACAGUGGAGAACAGUCUGUUGACGCCUACCUUCAAGACGAAGAGAAAUGUUGCGCAAAAGUACUAUGCAUCGCAGAUUGAGCAAAUGUACAAGUCCUUGGCGUCUCAGAAGAAGUGAAUAUGAUGGACCUUUCGGACAGUUACAUGUAACAUUAAAAGAACAGCUUCCUAUGGCCUUCAUGUGACUACUUUUGAACGUCUUCCAGGGCGCUCUGCAGCGACAGCCAUGGCUCCGCUUGAUGAGCCUGUCCCUUGCACAGCCAACAGAUCUGAAAGAUCCAAGGACAGACCUUGUUGUUCCUAUGUAGAAAGACGAACCAGAUUCUUAAUGGAACGGCACUCAUGGCAACGAUAUUAGAUAAACUCACAUUUUUGUAACUAAGAAUGAGAUCCUUGAACGCAUUGAAGUCUGCUAGGCUGCUCAGAA